GGUGGUGCCAAAAGCGCUCCACUUCCGCGAAGAAGAGAGUAUCGGCAGUGUGAGUAAUUUGUGAGUUGUAAUUUAGGGCUCGCGAUUCCUCGAGAAUUCUGCGGAUCACCAGAAUAUCUCGUCCUACACGAAGGCACGAUGAACGGAACCAUGGCCAUGACACCAACGUCGCAAAACAGUAUGGAGCCACCGACGAAGAAGAGCAAAGUAGAAGGAAAUGCAUCAGAAUUCUUAUCAGGCCCCAUUUAUGAUCUCAAUCAGAUAGGUCAGGUUAUUGCUGGACCUGGCGCUAAGUACCUCACAUUACCUGGAAUUUUGGGAGCCGGCCUACCAAAAAUUACAUCCGAACAACAGGAUACGGUAAACAGAGCAAAAAAGUAUGCAAUGGAACAAAGUAUCAAGAUGGUCCUAAUGAAGCAGACAUUGGCUCAUCAACAACAGCAAAUGGCUAGUCAACGGAAUCAAGUGCAAAGACAGCAGGCUCUCGCCCUCAUGUGCAGGGUUUACGUGGGCAGCAUCAGUUUCGAGUUGAAAGAAGACACGAUCAGGCAAGCUUUCUUGCCAUUUGGACCGAUCAAAUCCAUCAAUAUGUCUUGGGAUCCCGUUACGCAGAAGCACAAGGGCUUCGCCUUUGUCGAAUACGAGAUACCCGAAGCCGCGCAACUCGCUUUGGAACAAAUGAACGGUGUCAUGAUCGGUGGCCGAAACAUCAAGGUUGUAGGACGUCCGUCCAAUAUGCCACAAGCGCAAUCGGUGAUCGAUGAAAUCACCGAGGAGAGCAAACAUUACAAUCGUAUCUAUAUAGCGUCGAUACAUCAAGAUUUGACCGAGGAUGACAUCAAGUCAGUUUUUGAGGCAUUUGGACCGAUUACGUAUUGUAAGCUCGCGCAGGGCAGUUCGCCGCAUCGGCACAAAGGAUACGGUUUCAUCGAGUACGAGACCAUGCAGGCCGCGCUAGAGGCUAUCGCUUCCAUGAACUUGUUCGAUCUGGGUGGUCAAUAUCUGAGAGUGGGCAGAGCCAUAACACCUCCGAACGCGCUCAUGGGACCACCUAGUGGUACUAGCAUGAUGCCGACCGCGGCUGCGGUAGCCGCUGCAGCUGCAACAGCAAAGAUUCAAGCGAUGGACGCUGUCGCCAGUAAUGCGGUUGCGUUAGGUCUCACCAAACUUGGAGCAGCCGCACCGCCGAUCCUAAACCAGGGACUUCCUGGUGUAGUACGACCUACCAUAGCACCUGCGACAAUAAUGGCACCACCAACAGUAGCGACGGUCGCACCGGUGAUACCUCCACCUGGUAUAGCCAUACCGCAAACCUUAACGCGACCGCCUGCUAUUAUCCAACCGAUUCCCGGUCAACCGGUCGUUAUACCACCUCCCGCCGUUGUCGCUCCUACAAUUGUCGGCACACCAGUUAUACCAGUUACAACAACCGCAAAUUCCGACAUUAUGAGACGAGCGCAAGAGCAAGCGGCUCAUCAAAAACAACAGGAGGAAUUGCAAAAGAAGCUAUUGGAGGAAACGGAACCGCAAACGUUACAGCAGCAAGAAAAUAUGUCGAUCAAAGGCCAGAGUGCGCGUCAUCUUGUUAUGCAAAAGCUUAUGCGUAAGGUCGAAUCCCGCGUAGUUAUUCUGAGAAACAUGGUCGCGCCAGAGGAUGUGGACGAGACCCUACAAGAAGAAAUUCAAGAUGAGUGCUCUAAAUUUGGUGUGGUCGAGCGGGUUAUUAUUUAUAAGGAGAGACAGUCCGAGGAUGAUGAAAACGCGGAAGUUAUCGUCAAAAUAUUCGUCGAAUUCUCUCAAAUGAGUGAAGCGGAACGUGCAAGAGAUUCGUUAAAUGGUCGUUAUUUCGGUGGGCGAUUGGUUAAAGGAGAGCUAUACGACCAGGCCCUAUUUGACAAUAGCGAUUUUUCUGGUUGAUGCGCUCUUAUAUUGAGUUUAUAUCAAUUUCAGUCGUAUAAAGGAGGUACAUAUUUAAUGACUGACACUGUGAAUUUUGUCGUUAAACUACUAUUUGUAAUUGAAAUCUCUUAGCUACGCGUUGAA